CUCCGUCCCCAUCGCGGGCUGUUAGACCUUCCCCGGACUGGCUGUCUCCCGCCUCCUGAGCAACCGCAGGGAGUCGAUGCCAGGCGCCAUGGAACGCUGCCACCCUGCAGAGGGGUCAGCUGGCUGAGGGCCGGCGCCGCAGCGAGGCAUGUGGAUCCCCGGCGGGAGCCUGCUCCAGGAGUUGUCCGGGCUCUUGCAGCACGCCGCGCGCUCGGGCCGCGCGGAAACGCCUGUUUGCUGGGCCCAGCCGCGGGCGGGAGGAGGAGCCGGGGGCGGGGCCGGAGGCGGCCUCAGGGGCGGAGCGAGCGCCGCGGCUGCGGCGGCCUCGGGCGCCCUGCUCAGUGCCUAUCUGGAGCGCCACGGUCCGCCGGCGGCCUCCGAGUCGCCGGCGCCGGACGGGACGUUGGCAGACGGCCCCGGGGGCGGCGGCGUGGUGGUCGGGGUGGCGGAGGUGAGAAGCUGGCGUUGCUGCUGCCUCGGCAGCACCUGUUGGUGCCGGAGCGUCGUGCUGGUGUGCGCGCUGGCCGCCCUGUGCUUCGCUUCCCUGGCCCUGGUCCGCCGCUACCUGCAGCAUCUCUUGCUCUGGGUGGAGAGCCUCGACUCGCUGUUUGGCGUCUUGCUCUUCGUCGUGGGCUUCAUCGUGGUCUCGUUCCCCUGCGGCUGGGGCUACAUCGUGCUCAACGUCGCCGCCGGCUACCUGUAUGGCUUCGUGCUGGGAAUGGGUCUGAUGGUGGUGGGCGUCCUCAUCGGCACCUUCAUCGCCCAUGUGGUCUGCAAGCGGCUGCUCACCGACUGGGUGGCCUCCAGGAUCCAAAGCAACGACAAACUGAGCGCCGUCAUUCGCGUCGUGGAGGGAGGAAGCGGCCUGAAGGUGGUGGCGCUGGCCAGACUGACCCCCAUACCUUUUGGGCUUCAGAAUGCCGUGUUUUCGAUUACUGAUCUGUCAUUACCCAACUAUCUGAUGGCAUCUUCAAUUGGACUGCUUCCUACUCAGCUUCUGAAUUCUUACUUGGGUACCACCCUGCGGACAAUGGAAGAUGUCAUUGCAGAACAGAGUGUUAGUGGAUAUUUUGUUUUUUGUUUACAGAUUGUUAUAAGCAUAGGCCUCAUGUUUUAUGUAGUACAUCGAGCCCAAGUGGAGUUGAAUGCAGCUAUUGUAGCUUGCGAAAUGGAACUGAAAACCUCUCUGGUUAAAGGCAGUCAACCAAAUACCAGCGGCUCUUCAUUCUGCAACAAGAGGACCCUAGCAUUUUCUGGAGGUGGAAUCAAUAUUGUAUGAUUCUAGAGAAAGGUGUGAUUGUCAGGGCCUAGUGUGCAGUCCAACGUCUAGAAGUCACUGUGUUAGUGGCAGAGACAAUUUCUAUUUGUAUUACGGCACAAACAAAACUGACUAGUUUUUAAAUUGCACAAUUUUUUUAAAGCAAGAAUCAUUUUCUGGAUAUGUAAACUGUAAAUGUAGAUGCAAUUUUGGCUGCACCUCUUUAUCAUGCCUGUAAAGGCCUCUAGGUCUGCACUUUAGUGUUUUUUUAAUCGUUUUAUUUCUGGGUACUUACAAACAGAGAGAUAACCCAAACGUUUUUUUCUGCUUAGUAUCUUUAUUUAUAAAAUUCAUGAAUAGUAGUAUGCAUCUUAUUUAUAAAGAUGAGUAAAAGUAUUCGUUUUACAUGUAUGUUAUUGGCUGCUGUUUGCUUAGGUAGCCCUCCAGAAAGAAUAAACAGUGUUGUUUUGUUUUAUUGUUUCAAGUGGGACCACUUUGCUUCCCUUUUCCUUACUUGUUAGGAAACACAUUAACUUUCAGUUGAAUGUAUCUUUGCAGGCAUCACAUUAAUGCAGGGCCAUUUACAUGUUUUCACACAAGCUUAAAUCCUGCAUUGUGGGACUGAAGUGCUCUUAAGAUAAAUACAUUUUUAUUUUCACUGUGUAAUAUGCAAAACAAAAGGGAAAUUAUUUAGUGGGUAGUGGCUCAAAAUUAGAACUUGUGUUCUAAUUUGGUUACAUUGGCUUUACCCUCCUCCUAUCUUUCAUCAAAGGGCUGUCCCAUUGCAAUCUUAAUAAAACAUUUUAUGAAAAAAACUUUUUCCCUUUUUGUAUUAAUAAUUAGGCUUUGAAAUAGACAUUAUUCCUUUAAAAUGGUGGGUUUGCCAUCAUUGAAGGUGUCACUCAGGUGGCCUUGUUUAAUCAAAACGCCUUUUGAAAAAACCAAGCUUUAAAAUCAUGUUUAUAGUUUCAUUGAAAUAGUUACAUAUUUGUUCCUAUAAUCUUCAGCUUUAAAACUCUAAAUAACUUAAUGCCCAGGUUUGUAUUAUUUGCCCUACUAUAGGUAAAUUUAUUUUGUUUUGUUUUUUGGUACUUGUUUUUCUCUGAUAAGACUCAGGAAUUCUGAAAUGUGAAAUUAAGUGUCUCAAUUCUUUCUCUAGUAGCAUGAUGUCAAGUGUAGUUAUUAAUAGCACUUAUGACUAUAGAAUACAGUAAUUUGGCAUAUAAUUCAUAUGAUGUGUGUAUUAUUCAUUAAUCACCUUCAUUUUUUUUUUAACUUUUUAUUGGUACUGGGGAUCAAACUUAUGACUGCCUGCUUGCAAGGCAGGUGCUUAUGCCACUGAGCUAAAUACCCAGCCCCAAUCACCUUCAUUUUUAAAAUAGUUUAAGUAUACCAUUAAUUAUUAGUCCUUACUAAUGAGACUAUAGUUAUUAUGUGGAAUUUCUCUUAGGCAUGUCUGUUUUCUCCAUGAGUGUUUCACCUUAUCAGAGACCUCUUAUUUGCCUUUUCAUUAAAGGGUGAAACUGUUACCCUGAUUUACUGAACUACAAAGGAAUUCUUUGGAAGCUGAUUAUUCUAGGCUUGUGCUAGAGAUUAAUAUUUUCCUCUACAGAUGUAACUGCUUUCCUGUCCUUCAUAAUGCAUACAUUCUCUUAACUCGAUGUAACAAUAGCACACUUCAGAGAAAAUAUUCUGACAGGCACCUGGAUGGUUGGCCUCCAAAUCUUUCCUUCUGUUAUUGGUAGAAAAAAAAGUUAUAUGUAGAGUUGGAAUAUCCUGUUUUUGAGUCUUAAUUAUUCAACUUUUUAAAAAAAAUUAGAUUAAUGAUCCUGUUGAUCAGUGCAUUUUGUUCUUUUCUUUAUAACUUGUCAACAUGUUUCUUGUGCUUGUUGUUUGUCAGUUUUUGUUAAAGGAAUCAUUUAAGAUCACUGAUUUCUUAAUUAUUUCACACUUCAUAUAUUUUGAAGUGCAUUUAUUUACUUAGCAUUUGUGACUUGAAUAACCUCACCAAAUGAAUACCUUUUGGUAGUUUGUAAAAUGUUCUUCCAAAUGUUACACUUUGUGUGGUACUUAUACUAAAUAUGUAAAGGUAAAAGAGAAAUAAUUUUUCUGUAUUCUGCCAAUCAUAAUUUUAUAUAAUAAAUCAUCCAUUUUUUCCUUAAAA